AUGCCGAGCUCCGACUCACCUAGUAAGAAACGAAAAGCGGACGAGGAGGUCGAGAAUGGCCAUCCUAAGAAGGUGGCCCCAGACCACCAUAAUGGCUCGAGCAAUGGCGGCUCGAACGACGCCCUCAUCACCUCAGACGAUCCUCUACACCCGGCAAACCACAUCUGCGAGCUCUGCCACAAGUUCUACGGCCAUGGAUGGGUGACUGGAACUGGUGGUGGUCUGUCCAUCAAGCAUGAGAACUACGUCUUCAUCGCGCCGUCCGGCGUGCAGAAAGAGCUCAUGAAGCCAACGGAUAUGUUCGUCAUGGAUUACACCACCAAGGAGUAUCUGCGACGGCCACAGGCACUCAAACCCUCCGCCUGCACCCCCCUCUUCCUGGCCGCCUUCACCAAGCGCGGCGCCGGCUGCUGUAUCCACACGCACUCCCAAUGGGCCGUCCUCGUAACCCUCAUCUGCGAAGCCGGCCACCAAAACGCCCACGGCCCCAACGUCUUCGCCAUGAAAGAGAUCGAGCAGAUCAAAGGCAUCUCGCGCGGCGGCACCGGCAGCACGGAGAUCCUCGAGGGCGGGCGCAAAGCAGGCAACCUGGGCUACUUCGACACGAUGAAGAUCCCGAUUAUCGAGAAUACGGCGCACGAGGAGGACUUGAAGGAUACGUUGGAGAAGGCGAUUGAGGAGUGGCCCGAGACGUGUGCGGUGCUGGUCAAGAGGCAUGGGGUCUAUGUUUGGGGCAAGGAUGUGAAGCAGGCGAAGACGCAGUGUGAGAGUCUGGAUUAUUUGUUCCAGUUGGCGGUGGAGAUGCAUCGGUUGGGGUUGAAGUGGGUGUAG